GUCAAAUAAGUGAAUAAGUGAUGAGAACUCUGUUUCCUUUCUUUGCAGUCAGGAGGAAGGUGCAAUCAAAAGUCACAAUUGCAUCUUGAUUUACAAAUCAGGGACAGAGGGAGAUGAACACAACACUCCAGACAGUCACUUCAUCGGACUGACCACCAAGAUGUUAAAAGUGAAGAGGCUGGAGGAAAUCACCACGUGUUACAACAGCAACCGCCUGGAGAAAGCGGUCUUUUUUCAGUGCGUGGAGAAGGUUGAGAAGAUGCAGUGUUUUCUAGAAGAAAGUUCUAGUGAACAGGAUUCAAGAUCUGGAAAUAAUGAGGCUAAGGAGAAGGUGUGGUCAUAUCCCAACCUGAAAGAAAUGGCACCUGUCAAAGGCAAGAGGACAUUGGCCCCCACAGAUGACGGCCCGGCUCCUCCCGCACCCUUUCAUCACCGGAUUGUAACAGCUAAACAGAUGGCAGUCAACAGUCUCUAUACUGUGAACAGAACAGAAAUUUUAGGAGGGGGGCGCUUUGGCCAGGUUCACAAGUGUGAAGAGAAAGCAACAGGUCUGAAGCUGGCCGCCAAGAUCAUUAAGACCAGAGGCCUGAAGGAUAAGGAUGAAGUGAAGAAUGAGAUCACCGUCAUGAACCAGCUGGAUCACGUGAACCUCAUUCAGCUCUAUGAUGCCUUCGAGUCUAAGAAUGACAUCGUCCUGGUCAUGGAGUAUGUGGACGGAGGCGAACUAUUUGAUCGGAUCAUUGACAACAACUACAAUCUGACUGAGUUGGACACCAUCCUGUUCAUCAAGCAGAUAUGUGAGGGAAUACGACACAUGCAUCAGAUGUACAUUCUCCAUCUGGACCUGAAGCCUGAGAAUAUCCUGUGUGUGAAUCGGGAUACUAAACAAAUAAAAAUUAUUGAUUUUGGAUUGGCCAGAAGAUAUAAACCCAGAGAGAAGCUGAAGGUGAACUUUGGAACCCCAGAGUUUCUUGCCCCUGAAGUCGUGAACUAUGAUUUUGUUUCCUUUCCCACUGACAUGUGGAGCGUGGGGGUCAUCGCCUAUAUGCUACUUAGUGGUUUGUCCCCUUUCCUGGGUGAUAAUGAUGCUGAGACCCUGAACAACAUCCUGGCCUGCAGGUGGGACUUAGAGGAGGAAGAAUUUCAAAACAUCUCAGAAGAGGCCAAGGAGUUCAUCUCCAAGCUUCUCAUUAAGGAGAAAAGUUGGCGAAUAAGUGCAAGUGAGGCUCUCAAGCAUCCUUGGUUGUCAGACCACAAGCUCCACUUGAGACUCAAAACACAGGAGAAGAAUUGCUGCUCUGAGGCUCAGGACCUUGUGACUCAAUAGUCUUCAGAAGAGGCCCAUUUGAAAGGAAAACCGCUGGGGUUGCUGCUGUUUUGAGAUUUUUUGAAAAAUCAGCAGUUCUGAUACCUUGACCCCUAUGAUGACUGGCGGCCUUGGGGAUGUGGGGGCCACCGCACUUGAACUCAGAGCCUCUGGCUCCAGGAGGCCUCCCAGCGCUCUGGUCCCUGGGGCACAGGCAAGCCUCACACCCCUUCUCUUGCUUCCCCCCAUACCCUAUGGUAGUGCACACUUGGGAAGCUACUUCCCUGCUAUCUUGAGUUUUUUAUGUUUAUUUCUUGAUUUUAGUCAUGGACUAAAUGCAUUAUGUCUGCUACUUCUCAGUUUACUGACUAUCAUACCAGAGAUUUCUUUUAAAACCUGGAGGAUGAAUUUAGAGGAAGAAAACUGCUUCCAGUUAUUAAGUGAUGCCUUUCAAAGGGGUGAUCAUAUGGCCAGAAAAAAUGCAAAGUCUGUUGCGCCCUUGAACACUUAGUUUCUUAUUAUGUUGUUUUGUUCUGAAAUCAGGUGAAUGCAACUGAUAAAUAGUUUGCUUUCUGGAACAUAAGCUUUCUUUGAACCCUGAGGCAUGAGGCCUCAGACUUCCUAUCUUCCGUUUAUUCUGCAUUUCCCCCCAACUGCAUCAGGUUCUCCCAAGUAGCCGAUUCUAUUUUAAAUGAAUGAUACACAAUUUCCCAGUGCAUUGCCCGCUUUCCUCUGAUUGAACAUUCAUCUGCGUGCAGCCCGCCUGUUUUGAGAGGUAGUGAAGGAGACAUCUGUUUACGGAUGGUUUUUACAAACCUUUGGAAUGAUGUCAACAGUGAUGAGAGCUCUUCUCGUGCUGCACUUGUCAACAAGGAAAGAUAGGUCUUGGGCAGCCUGUGGGAGAACAGUGCUGUGCUUUGCAAUGUUGAAGAGACUGGGAAACGGUAUUCAAGUAACGCAAACACUUUCGAAGCCUCAUGAUCUCACCUACGCGGAGUCUGACAAGGCUCAGUGGUUGAGAAGAAAGAGCAUCCAGAAGUUAAAAGUGCUCAUUUUUUGGACAGGGGAAUGAUUUCCUGGGGAUCAUUCUUGUUCCUGAGCUCCUGCAGCAUUUCAUCGUGGAUGUGGAGUAAGGGACAUGAGCCCAACUGCCUUCGGCACAGAAAGGCACAGAGCCGCUCAGGAAUGAGCUGGCGCCGUUUCAUCAUGAAGAAGAGGCCAUGCGGAGCCACACUAACUCCAGUUACACAGCCACCACCAAGAUCACCAUCAGCUUCUUAACACUUUCCUCACUUCCCACGUCCACAUACCUGCUCUGCUGAGAUCCGCUAGGAUAAUGUCUUUAUUGUUGGCUGUAAAUUGUUCUAGGCUCUUGCUGUCACAAAAGCAAUGGAAUGAACUAAGAAUAACUUGGAGGCCGCAUCACUGAGGGCAGUUUUAACCUGCAUUGGCUUUUCGCCAUUAUUUCUCAUAUCCACCCAGUGAAUCCGUAUAGCAUGCCAAGAACCACUAUUUGAACAAUGCCCUUAUUUUCACAUGGAAGGUAAUGAAGAAGUAGAGAAAGAAGAAAAUGUUUAAUUUAGUUAAGGCCACAUGAUAAUUUAGUGGUUGUGCUGGAAAAUGGACCUUCCCUACCCAUGGCUCCUACACCAUGCUGCAUUUCUCCUUUCCUUUGGCCCAUGCAUUUACCCAAGGUUGGCUUCCCCGGUUCCUGUUAUGUGACUAUGCUUAAAAUGUUUAAUUUAGUUUCCUUAGAAAAAAAGCCCCAUGACUGAAGUGUUAUAUUGCUGUGCUAUCUUUAGCUGAUGGUAUUCAUAGAGUCUGGAAAAAUACAAGCCAGUGCACGCAUUAAUACUCAGACCACAGAGCUCUGGCCUUUACUCAAUGCUAAAUAAGACACAAGGGUCUGAUUUGAAAGCCUGCGUGGAAGGCUUUUCUGUCCUGUGGUGUCCGCUCUCUACCAGGUCUUCUGCGUGAUGCGCAGUGUGCAUCCGGCUCCCUGCCUUGUGUUGGCAGAUAAACUUUCCCCAGGCCUUACCACACAUGGAAGAGAGCUCUUAGGCCAAAUUUCUUUGCAAAAUUAAUCCACUGAUGCCACUGAUGACCCUGUAUUUAGUGGCUGUGAUUUUUUUUUCCAGAAAAGGUUUAGAGAGGAGACUCUACUUUGAAACUGGAUCUCCUUUGAAUUUGUAAUUAAAUUUCUACAUUUGCAUGAGGAGGCCUCCCCAAGCCAGUAGGGCACCUUUCACAGGAGAGCUGAGGGCGGUUUGCAUGGUAGAGUUGAUGAUCACAGUCUAGAGUUACGUGAAGGGGAGCAUUUCAGCCCCCUGCUCAUCCUGCUGCCGUCCUCCGCACCCUGUGAGGCUGUUCCAGCCAGAGCCCUGAUGGGCAGAUUGCCGAUUGGAAAGGAGGCUUUGUACAGCGAAGGAGUCAACCAGCAUGACCCAUGGAAGCUAAGUCUGGCUAGACUGCAGCUAUUGUGAUAGAUUUUUCCAAGAAGUCAUUAUGACUCGAGAGCCUGUAUUUCUUCUCCACCCUCUUAAUGACGUGAUAUGGCUUCGCUCACUUGAAUUAGGCAGUUGCCAUUCCUUAGUAAAUGGAGGAAAUUAAGCACUGAUGUGGCCCUUCCCACUGCCUGGAGAGAAAUAAACCUCGCAAACUGUUAAGGAAAAAGCAUGUCCACAUUUGUAAUUUAUAAGAUACCAUCACUUACGCAGAACCUGUUGCUAUUUAAAAAUCAGGGAGGACAGGCUCAUGCUCCAGUUUGUAGCACAAAAAUCCCUGAAAUGGAUUCUCACCUGAACUAACCUGGGGAAUAGAUUUCUAGGUUAAAAUAGGAUAAUUCUCAUGUUUGUCGAGUACCAUAGGUUUCUUUUUAGUUGUUUAUUUUUUGUCUGACAAUAUUAUUUUGCUUUCUUUCCUCAAAGAUGUAACUAGGCAUGCUGCCAUUGUCACCACAUACUUUGAUGUGAGCGUGUUUUGAAAGAUGUGUGAAUACUUACCUUUUCACCAUUUUUAUAAAAAUCAAUAAAUAUAGCAAUUUUUUUCUUGUUUUAGAAUAAAAAUAUGGAUUUAAUAUUAGAAAAAUGAGGGUCUUGUUCUAUAUUUCAUUCCUUUCUUAUCCUGCCUGCCCCACUACCCUAUCACAGCGAUUAGGCAAGGGGAGCCAGCAUACAUCCACAUGUUUAUUCAGUUGGCUGUAGGCCAGGUGAGGGAGCUUCAUUUGGAAAAUUCAUUUGUGAAAGUGUAAUGAUGGGGAGACCUGGUCAGUAGACUCAGUCCACCUCUCUGUUCUCUGGCAAUCCAGGUUCAGGGUGCAUCACCUCAUGCCUCACUUCUCCCUAGCCGCCAUGCUCCCAGCCUUGUGUUUGCUCUUUUUUAUUUUUUUACUUUUUUCUUUUUUUUUCUUUCUUAAUUUAGAGUCAAAGUCCUUCUUCUCAUACAUCAUCAUGCUCCCUUAAAAGCCUUUUUAGGAUAAAAAAAUUAUAUUUCUCAAAGGUAAGUUACUUUCUGUCCUAAAGAAAACUUGCUGCUGGGCUUACUAGAUAUUCAAUGCCUACGUUAAUAUUACUUUCUUGCAUAGUAUGAGUCUGCAGUUUCUCAUAGAACUUCUCAUAUCUCAGAAGUUCUAGAUAUUUUUUCUAGCUCCAUUUUAGUUGGGUAGUGUUUUUACAAGAAGUUUUUAUAUAAGUAGUUUCACCUUCCAUGAAGGCUUAUAACUCAACUACUACUUAUUCAGAAGAGCAGGAAACAUCAGAUACCUGAGUUUUCAUAUGCUGACCUACACGUGUUUGUAGUUGACUUCGCUGGUAUACGUCAGUGAGGCCUGAGGUGCACCUGUGUAGAUAACAAAUAAAAAUGGAUUCAUAAUGUGGUGAUUGUGUAUAUCAUGUGUAUUUUUAUUUCUGAAUAUCAUUUCAUUCAGCUCUAUUUCAUUGUCUUAUAAAAUGUAUAACAGUCAUGGAGUAUGUCUUAUAUUGAAGAAUAAACAUGGACCUUAUAUGUCCUUUUGUUAA